CCUACUAUUGUGUACUUUACACUGAUCAAGCUGUACCCCUGACAAGAUGCUACAUGAUUAGCAUGAUAGUUGCGUUCGUCGCCUGGGGCACUUUUGUUGGACUCUUUCCCCCAAUUUGAGGCAGCCCUUUUGGUGGACAGCAACCGGGGUCUGUAGGCUACCCCAGUGGAAGGAUGUUUAUGCGGUUUUGGGUUCCUACAAGCGGCAAACUCAACUCGUCACCUGAGCCAACUCGCUAGCGUGUUAGCUAAGCUCGAGCUCGACGAAACGCUGAGGUUGCUCGGGGGGGUUAUACUGUCUGGAAUGUUUAUAAAGGCAGGUUUUUGUUUCUGGUUAAGGUGAGGGCAGAGAGACGUAUUUAAAAUACGUGUAGUUAGGAUAGUGUAGUCAUUCACCCGAAUGGGGUGUCAUUAGGCUACAUGCUAGCAAGCGAGCUAGCUGUCGUAACAUCGCUCUUACUAAAAAUACCCCCUUGUCCUGCGGUCCCCCGCCUAAGUGGUGGCCUCGUCCGCUACAGUUUUGCCUUCUCCGGCUUUUAUGGUGACCGCACCCGGUGUUUGGCACUCUACAUGGUCACUACAGUGGAGCCAAGACGACAGGAAGAGCGAGCCGGACCCCGAGGCUGUGAGCCGGGUUGGGCUGACCUGACGCCGCAUCGCACCAGCUGCAAGGGGGUGGAGCGAGGCUUGUUGAAAGGUCAAGCAUUAAGUCGUUGUUUCCACUGUCAACUGUGUGAGAUCUUGCGAGGACAACCGUGUCAAGUGGAUCAUCAUGUCAGAAGAUCACAGCGCAGAUAACUUCAUCAAGGAAGCAUCCAUUCUAGAGGAAUACAACAUAAACUGGACGCAAAAGCUCGGAGCUGGCAUCAGUGGACCUGUCAGAGUUUGCGUGAAGAAGUCAACACAGGAACGGUUGGCCUUGAAGAUCCUCAUUGAUCGCCCGAAGGCCAGGAAUGAGGUGCGACUCCAUAUGAUGUGUGCCAACCACCCAAACAUUGUCCAAAUCUUGGAGGUGUACGCCAACAGUGUCCAGUUCCCACACGAGACCAGCCCGAGAGCUCGCCUUCUGAUUGUCAUGGAGAUGAUGGAAGGCGGCGAACUGUUCCACAGAAUCAGUCAGCACAGGCACUUUACUGAAAAAAUGGCCAGCGAAGUCACAAAGCAGAUCAGUCAAGCCUUGGAACACUGUCACUCCUUGAAUAUUGCACAUCGGGACCUGAAGCCAGAGAACCUGCUCUUCAAGGAUAACUCUUUGGAUGCUCCUGUGAAGCUGUGUGACUUUGGCUUUGCCAAAAUAGAUCAGGGGGACUUGAUGACACCCCAGUUCACUCCCUACUAUGUAGCACCUCAGGUACUUGAGGCUCAAAGAAGACACCAGAAGGAAAAGUCUGGAAUCAUACCUACCUCACCCACUCCGUACACCUACAACAAGAGCUGUGACUUGUGGUCUCUGGGCGUCAUCAUCUACGUGAUGCUGUGCGGCUACCCUCCGUUCUACUCCAAACAUCACAGUCGCACCAUUCCCAAGGACAUGAGAAAGAAGAUCAUGAUGGGGAGCUUCGACUUCCCUGAAGACGAGUGGGGUCAGAUCUCAGAGAUGGCCAAGGACAUCGUGCGCAAGCUGCUGAAGGUGAAGCCAGAGGAGAGGCUGACCAUCGAAGGAGUCUUGUCUCACCCGUGGCUCAACUGCACCGAGGCCCUGGACAACGUGCUGCCCUCCGCCCAGAUGAUGAUGGACAAGGCUGUGGUCGCAGGCAUCCAGCAGGCCCACGCGGAGCAACUGGCCAACAUGAGGAUUCAGGAUCUGAACAUCAGCCUGAAGCCACUCAACUCCGUCAACAACCCAAUCCUCAGGAAGAGGAAACUCCUUGGGCCCAAGCCCGGUGACAGUUUCUUCAUUCACGACCCAGAGAACGGCGGCGAGGACUCCAACGUAGCGCUGGAGAAACUCCGAGAUGUCAUUGCACAGUGUAUUCUUCCGCAGGCGGGCGAGAACGAGGACGAGAAGCUGAACGUGGUGAUGUUUGAAGCCUGGCGGUUCAACAGGGACUGCAAACUCCUGCGAGAUGGCCUGCAAGGCCUCAGUUGGGACGGUCGCGCGUUCUCCGAUAAGGUGGAUCGCUUGAAGUUGGCCGAAAUCGUAAAACAGGCCAUCGAAGAGAGGACAAAUCUGGAGGAGUCGCACUAGUCGACGUCUUUCUAUUCAUCCUUUUUAUAUUCAUCUUUUUAACACGGCUUUUAUAAAAAGUCAAAUGUGCUUUUCCUCCCCCUGGAUUCAUUUGCAAGUCCUAUCGUACAGCUGUUAAAAAAAAAAACAAAAAAACUUGGUACUUGCAAAGAAAAAAAAAUUUCAUUUUUGCAAAAAAAGGAGAGAAAAAUCCAUGUGAGAAAUUAUUUUCUUGGAGGGAAUUUUUAUUCGCAGCCUUUAGUAAUUUGUUUUAUCAAUGAUUUCAUUUCUUUUAACUUUCCAAUCUGUUUUAUUUAUUUAAAGAAAAAGUUCCAUUAUUUAUGUACCGUUUUUUUUUUUUGUUGUUGUUGCCUGUGAGCGGGCUUUAAAGAGAAGAAUUCAUAUUUGUAUGCACACGAUAUGUUUUCGAGCUAAAGUUGUUCUUUUUUGUAGGAGAAGCUCCUCGUCUUCGUCCUCCCAGCACAUCAAAUCUUUCCUACUGGAACUUCCUCCUUCCGCUUUUCUUUGUUGCGUCACUUUCCAUCUCGUACCCAUCCAGAAGAUUGUUGUUGUCGUCGUCUCUCGCGUUAAAGUCCCGAUUCAGCCUUCGUCGUCGGCUCAUUUUUGUACGAUUUGUUUCAAAAGCGUUCAUUUGAGUUCGACAUCCUCCUGCUUGACAAAGAAACGCCUUUUCUUUGCUCGUGGGUGUCCAUCCUCAUACGUCCUUCCUUCCCCAAUUUGUCGCCGGGUGCAUUUAAACGGCUCCCUUUUCAUCUUGUCCGGAGACGCCGUUGGUGCCCAUUCAAACCUACCGAAGCACUCAAAUCUCAAAGAAAAAAAACAAGUACAGAAUCAAGUUCCCUCGACGAUAUUGAUCAUCUUAAAACUCCAUCCAUCCAUUUUCUUUGCCGCUUAUCCUCACGAGGCUCGCGGGGAGGGCAGGAGGCGGGGCGCACCCUGAACUGGUUGCCAGCCAAUUGCAGCGCACAUACAGACAAAAAGUCACACAAAUCACACCUGGCGCAUGUUUUUGGGAUGUGAGAGGAAACGGGGAGAACGUGCAAACUCUACACAGGCGGCGCUGGGAUCGAACCCGGGUCCUCAGAACUGUGGGGCCAACGCUUUACCAGCUGAGCCACCGUGCCGCCUCCCAAAAUUCCGGCUCAACGUCGUAUUCAAGAAGCAUUCGUUAGUAUUCCCGAACACAUUUUGAACAGCUGUAAGUAAAUAAAGCCCACCCCCCAUUAUGGGGGCCUUAAUGUUGUGAUCAUAUCCCCAACCGUCCAUUUUCUGAGCCGCUUAUCCUCACAAACACAAGUGCUGGAGCCCAUCCCGGCUAUCAUUGCCCAGGGGGGCACCCUGGACUGGUCGCCAGCCACUCACAAUCACACCUAGGGGCAAUUUAGUCUCUCCAAUUGCCAUGUUUUUGGCAUGUGGGAGGAAAGCGGAGAAAAGCCACACAGGGAGGGGCGGGAUCGAACACGGGUCCUCAGAACUGCGAGGCCAACGUUGUAACCAGAUUAACCACCGUAUCCCCAUCUGGUCUCGUCCAAGUCCAUGUGCUCAUGCCUGUCAUAUGGAGUCAAGCCCACAUAUGAACAUAAUGUGGAGUAAUAUCCAUAUGUGGGUCUAGCCAAGUGGCCUUGUCCAUAUAUGGUCUAGUUCCGUGUGUUAAUGUCCAUCUUAUGGGUGUGUGUGUGUGUAUAUCAUAUAUAUGAUAUACCCCCAUCCAUAUAUGGCGGGUCCGGAUCCAAAAUGCUGCGUUGUCGCGUCCACCAACGCAUGUGUGUGCUAAAAUUGAUGAUAUGGAAUCUUGUCCAUAGCACGCUCAUCAUGUCGGCCACGAGCCAGUGUGGCAUUUCUAUGGCGACGUGUUGAGCCAGCAGAACUCCGCGUCGCUCGAUAUUCACAGCUUGUUUCUUUUCCGCCACUUAAAUGCUCGCUCUCUGAUCCCCGUGGAUGGAAUAAUAUGGAUUUUCCUUUUCCAAUCUGUCGCUGAUCGGAUAACGCCAAGGAUGAAAUAUUACACCGACGACGCUACUUUUCACGGAAAGGAAAUGAUUUCUGCCGUUUACGUUCAGCGUUAGUGAAACUAUUGAGGAUUUGGAUUUUGACUUCGUUAUGCUCUGCUCCGUCAUUUGAUGAUGUGAAUAUUUGGGGGAUUUGUUGACGAACGUGAAUCUCUUGAAAUCUCCUGGACGACUUCCAACUUCCAAAACUAUUUGAAGGCCUUAACGCACAAGCAAAAUGUGCCUUCGGGACUUCGGAGUACAAAAUUGUUCAAAUCAUUAUUUUGUAUUUUCUCAAAUAUAUAAAUCAUUCCACAAAUGGGAUUUUUUUUUUUUUUUUUUCUAAAAUGGCUUUCACAUUUUUUUGGGAGCUCAACUGAAGUAACUAAUCAAAAAUGUUCUUUUUUUUUUUUUUAAUUAGCCUUUUUAGUUUAGCAUCUGAUUCAAAAGCAUCAAUGUUAAAAAAAAAAAAAAAAAAAAAAAAGAUUUCUCAGCUGAUGUAGCACGAGCCCAUCAUUGAAGUCUUGACAUAUUUCUGCCUUCUCUGGAAUGUCUUGAACUUGCUGACUUUGUAAUAAAAGACUUUGCGAUAGCUCUCGUCUUAUGUCGUGCUUUCGUUCUCUUCUUUUUCUCAUUUAACGUUUGUUUCAUUACAUAACAUUUUGUCGCAGACGUUACAGCUCGGGUCAUGAUACUUACUGACUUUAUUCCACUAUUUCUUUUCUCCUGCAUUAUUACUUUUUGUGAUCGUGCAACUUAUUUUUUUGUCACGUUUAGGGUUAAUAAUUACUUCUUCUGUCCCAUAUUACAACUUUUUUUUCUUUUUAUCAUGCUAACCAGUUAGCUCGGUGCUUCUUGCUGCAAUGAAAACACCACAGAUUGAGCUCAAAUGCUUCCAUCGUUCAUCAUUUUGUAUGUUUAUAAAAAGAAAAUAAAAGCAUUUUAAU